CUUCAUCUUUGAGUUUUCCUGGGAUCAAAGGCUGAGAUGACUGACGGCGACAAACUGGCUGGCUCUUCGAGCGCCGAGCUCAUUCCGAUCAGCUCUCCCCUUUAUCUCCACCCCUCAAAAAAUCCUGCUCAACAUUUUGGAAGCAAUUUGUUCAACAAUCUUAAUUACGGUGAUGGGUGAAUGACAUCACCGAAACCCUAAUCGCCAAGAACAAGCUUGCUUUUGUCGAUGGAUCUCUUUCCGGCGCGCAGGCUGGUUCGGCUCGUCAUCAAGAGGCCUGGGAUCGUUGCGAUGCCACCGUCAAAGGGUGGCUGAAGACCGCGAUGACUCACAAGGUCCGUAACAGUGUCUGCAUGGCCACCACUGCGCGUGCAAUCGGGACCGACCUUCAACGACGUUUUAUUCGUGGUUCUGCACAACGCGCGUAUGAGCUACGUCGUACGAUUGUUGCUUUGCGACAAGAGAAGUUGUCCAUCUCGGCAUUCUACACAAAAUUGCGGUCUUACUGGGACGAGAUGGACGCGGUCGGUGGUCUUCCCUGUUGCACUUACGCUGGCUGUUCUUGCGGCGGGUGUAGUUGCAAUCUUCUCGGUCAGUUUCAAGCUCGACUUGAGUCCGAGCGCCUUUUUGACUUUCUGCUCGGCCUUGACGACGCAUACUCUGUCGUCCGUUCGCAGAUCCUUAGCACGAAGCCUACGCCAUCGCUAGCUGAGGCUUACCAAACUGUGGCUGCGGAGGAACAGCAUCGCAUGCUCACAGCUGGGUGGCGUCCCGUUGUCGAGACCGUCGUGUUUCAGGCCCAAGCCGAUAAGGACUCGAAGGAGGAGCGCGAGAAGCCUCGUUGGUCGUACUGCAACAAGCUCGGUCAUCUCUAAGAAGCCUGCUACCGCCUGAUUGGCUUUCCCCCUGGUCAUCCGCAACAAUCUUAUCUUGGGAAGUAAUUAGGUUAUAUGUGGUGUCAUAGUUAUUCAGUAUAUGCAUUGUUAUUAUUAUCUGGUGUAUUAAGUGUUUACUUUAACAUGAACCUUAAAAUCUUACAUUUAUACGAUUUUAAUCUACGAUUCCAAUUUUACCUCAAGUUCUUAUUUUACAUAAAACCACGAUUUUGAC